AUGGCUUCAACUGUAAGAAAAACAUCCAACGUAUGGGUACAUUUUGACAUUGAAUCUGUUGGUGAAAAAACAGCAGUAUGUAAAUUGUGCAGGGUAAAAUUAUCCUAUAAAACUUCCUCAACAAAUUUAAAAAAACAUAUUUUAAGAAAACACCCUACGGUUGAAAUUCAAGAUGUACGGAGGAAUAUGAUGCACCAACACAUUUCAGAACAACGUUUGGAACAGGAAGGUGGUCCUUCUAAUCUAGCAGGAUCCCAAAAUCUUUCGUCUGUUGUUGCUUCUUCUGCUUGUGACUCAGCCGAGGGUCAAUCAUUGCCACAACCACGCGUUAUUCAGCAGGCUUUAGUUCGUCAACCUACAAUCGCUCAAUUCACUCAGAGAAAAAAAAUUACACCAUCUGAACAGGAAAGGUUAAAUAAACUGCUAAUGAAAUUGUUCAUAUUAGAUUUUCAACCUUUCAGCAUUGUGUAG